AUGCAAUCACUUCUUCUAGAAAGAGCCACUGGUCGUCUCUCAGUUCUAGACUUUGCCUCGACAUAUACUGAGUCGCUCUACUCUCAGCUCAAGCAGGUCACGAGGAAUGUUUUUCCGAGUCAAUGCCAUUCGGGUGCCGUCAACUCACUCAGCUUAGAGCAACUGGACUGUAGGUACAUGCUUAGUGGAUGUGCAGAUUCAUCGAUAAAGCUUUGGGAUCUACGAUCGGACGAAACUGAAGGUAGCGGUGGUGAGAGUGCAAUUAAUGAGGAUGACGGGAGCAGUUCUGGUGAUGAUUCAGGCAAUCCUGCUGGUGAUAAUGAUGAGAGUAAUCAAGGAAAGUCCAUCCAUUGGUCGUCUCCUGGACCCUAUCGAUGCCUAGCGACGAUUCCCAGAAGAAGUGGUCAUGAAUAUGGUGUUUCAAGUGUCCAAUGGUGGCCCCAAGACACAGGGAUGUUUCUUUCCAGCUCGUUUGACCAUACAGUCAAAGUCUGGGAUACCAAUAGUCUUCAGGUGGCCCACACCUUUGACAUGGACAAUCGAGUAUAUGCCAUUGAUGUCUGUUCACAUAAACAGAACGAGUUCAGUUCGCAGGCACUUGUGGCUGUGGCAAGUGAUCAGCCAUUCAUUAGAUUAUUAGAUCUACGAACUGCUUCCAGUGCUCACACACUACUGGGCCAUAAAGGCAAGACAUUAUCAGUGGCAUGGCAUCCUAUCAAUUCGUAUUUGCUAGCCUCUGGAGGCUACGAUGGCGAGGCCAAGGUGUGGGAUAUCCGACGCAGCAAAAGUUGUGUUUGUCGAUUAGACAUGACGAAAACAAAUGUCCGAGAAGCCAAAGUAGAUGCUCUCAAUCUUGGAUCCACACUGGUCAAGGCUCAUUCAGGACCAGUGAAUGCAUUGACCUGGGAUGAAGCAGGCCAGCUACUCUACACCUCGGGAAACGAUGAUAAAAUCCGUGUAUGGGACAUGGCUGCCACCAUGGCUCCACCGGUGAACAAAUUGGUGAAUUUUGGCCCACUAACACGCAACAAAUACUUACAGAACCUUCCAAUAGUGUUGAGUCCCUGUAAUGAGACGGAGGUGCAGCAUUUGCUCUUUGCUUCUGAUAGUGGAGACGUAUUGGUGUUUCGAGCUGUGGAUGGGAAAUUAGUGAGUCGACUUCUGCGCAGCGGCUCCAAAAACAAUGUGAGGACGGCAUCCAUUGUAUAUGGCGGGCCAUGGACUUCGACUUAUUAUUGUGGAACUAUGGAUGGACAAAUUUUAACUUGGAGAGGUGGUGGAAUUGAAGAGGAGGAAGAAAGGGAGGAAAUAGAUGAUGUCAAGGAGACGGAAGAGGUUGCAAUCUCUCGAGAUGAUCUUUUUGAUGAUCCAUAUUUCAGACUGGUAAAGUCGUAG